CUGAGCAGCACGGGAAAUAUCAUUGGCACCCAGGGAUGAGAGCUGAGCAGUGGAAUCAAAGGCAAAGAGGGUCUGACAUACUGGGAAAGAAAAAGACACCCCCAACCUCAAGUAACAUCUACAAUUUUUCUGGACCAACCAUCUAUGGCUGGGCUGUGUGGGCCAUUGAAGGUUGGCUUGCUGGCUAUCAGGCGAGUUUUGACACAGCCAAAUCCAAACUGUCACAGAAUAAUUUCGCCCUGGGUUACAAGGCUGCAGACUUCCAGCUGCACACUCACAUGAGCGAUAGCACUGAAUCUGGAGGGGCGAUCUACCAGAAGGUGAACAAGAAGACUGAAACAUCAAUAAACCUCGCGUGGACGGCUGGCAGGAACAACACGUGUUCCGGCAUCUCUGCUAAGUACCAGCUGGAUUGUAGAACUUCUCUACCUGCUGAAGUGAAUAAUGCCAGCCUGAUUGGACUGGGUUAUCCUCAGACCCUUCGACCAGGAGUGAAACUGACCCUGUCAGCUUUAAUCUGUGGAAAGAACUUCAAUGCAGGAGGGCACAAGGUCGGGCUGGGAUUUGAACUACAAGCUUAAUGUGGUUUUGAAUAAAGCAUCAGCUUUGUCUCUGGAGGUGAAGAGAAAUGAACCCACUAUGUUGUGGCCUUAAAAUUCUUCUGUGAAAUUUCAAAGGUGUGAACUUUUUCUUCUUCAAAGAACUCUAAUCCUCCCCACACUGAAGCCUCGAUAUUGAGUCCAGCCUAAGGGAGGUGUGCUUGAAGGCACGCCCGGAAGUUGUCAUGUUCGUGCCACACUUCAGUUCAGUUCUGCAGUGUUAUUUUCAAUGGGUUGCUCGGCGAAGGUGUAGUGUCAUGUUACAGAGGAGAUGACCCGACCCCACCCUCCAUUUGUCCAUCACAUCCUGCAUGUCCCAAAACACUUUUUCAUGACCUUGUAACAUACUGG